GAACACACAUACGUACGGACGAAGUCAGAGUCCUCCGUCACUGUAUAAGGCGGGAUAUGAUUAAAAUACAAUGUACGAAAUUGAUGAUGGCAUUUGCCACAGCAUGUAAAGAACCCGAGAAAAUGUUGCGCUUGCGCUAAUUCCAUUCACAUCGACGUCAUAAACAAACAUCUCCGCUGACAACGUUAUUGUCGAAGUAUCGGCAAUAGAUUGCACAAGGAUAAGUUUUUAGAGUUUUAAAUAUUAAUCCCGUGCAGCUUUUCAGAAGAUAGUGGAAAACAAAAGAGAAUUAUGGAUAAGUAUGAAGUCCCAAGAAGAAAAGGUACACCAGACAGCAGCUGUCUUGUGUGAAGCGAUCGUCAGUGUUGCAUCAUUCGAUUUCACUCUUGAACAAUGGGAAGUAGUGGAAGUUGACAUAAGAGCUGCUGAAGGCAGGGAAUCUGAAUUGUUAAAGGAAUUAGACAAAUUAAAAGAUCAGAACACAACUGCAGAAGAAAAUACAAAAACAGAAGACAAUGAAUUGACAGUUCCAGACGACACUCAAUGUGUAGAUGAUAUAUUGAAAGACUUAGGGGAAGCACUAGACGAAGUAGAACAGCAGAACACAUUAAUGAUAGCAGCAGAACCAACAGAGAAAACGACGAAAGAUGCCACAUAUGUUUUUAAGGAUACAGUCCAGAAUUUUGAUUUAAAUGGAGUUAUUAGCAAGCAAAGGAAAAGGGAAAUAAAGAGGGGAAAAAGCAAAGCAACGAAAGAGCAGAAAAUAAAAAUGAAAAUAGCCAAAGAAGAAGAAAAAGUCGUGCAGUUGUAUUUCAAAGCAGUUGACAACAUUAUGUCAAGGUACAGCAAGAAAGUUAGAGAACAACAUAAGAAGGAAGAAAAGAGGAGGAAGCAAAUGGAAAAGGCGGAGAAAAAAGCUCUUAAGAUGUUGGAGAAAGAAAUAAAGAAAAGAGAGAAAGAAUGUGUAAAGAAUGAAAAAAAGAAACCGGUCCAAUCUUUAGAUGGAAAGAAAAAACAAAACGAUUUAAAGAAAAGCAAAGCAAAGAAAGUUACAGGGAAUGAUAAGGACUUUGAGAAGAAAGAGGCUCACACUGUUGAUGAUGUAGAGACUAAAGAAAUUGAUAUGAAGAAUAGAAAAGCAAAAAAAGGAGACGAAAAGGUCAUAGAUCAAAAGGAGAAAGAUUCUCAAACUAUGGAUACCAAGAAGGAGAACAUUGAUAGAAGAGAUAAAACCAUUGAUGGAAAGAAGAACACAUUUUCAGCAAACAUUCGUGCAUUUUUCCAGAUCUUUUCUUGUAACAAAGCUGUUGUUUGA